AUGGUUACGCGGCUCAUACACUUAGACGUAGUUUCGGACCUCUCGACUCUAGCAUUUUUGAACAUGCUGCGACGUUUCUUUGGAAGAAGAGGAGUUCCAAAGUCUAUCACAAGUGACAAUGCUCCCACAUUUCUAUUAGGAGAAACAAUUCUGGCAGAAUGUAUUGGAAAUCUUGAACAAUACAAGCAAGUUACACCUUUUGCACCAUGGCAAGGAGGAUUCUAUGAGAGGCUCGUCAAAACAGUUAAACAUUCGCUCUAUAAAACUCUAAAAAAGUCAUACCCUACUUUUGAAGAAAUCAAAUCAACAUCUCUUCCACGAAAGGAUGAUUGUGUCUUAAUAUCUAAUCCCAUUCAACCAAGACAUUGUUGGAGAAUGGGCCGUAUUAAAGAAUUAGUUCUGAGCACUGACGGCGAAGCAAGGGAAGCCAUCAUUAUACUCCCGUCAAAGAGGCAAAUACGUAGACCA